AUGGCCGAGUUUGACAGAGACUUUGACUUCGACGAGGACUCUUUACGAGAAAUCGAAAGCAAUGAAUCAAUGCUCUUCACCCAGCAAUGUUCAUUACCUCUCGAAAAAAGUCCAGACGAGAACAAAAGCCCGGAGCAAAAGCUAUCUUCCCGAAAGAACCUCCUCUUGGACCUAUUCGAUCGACCUCCAGAGGUUGAAGACAUACCGGAAGAAUCCUCUUGUAAGACCCUAUUACUAGACCUAAUGUCAAGAUCAGCUACCCCCUCACCUCCAAAAGAGCGUGAACCUCUAAAGAACCUGCUCCUAGAAACAAUGUCCAAAAAGACGCCAAAUACCAUUCGUAAGAACCUCUUAACCGAAAAGAACGACCGCAGCCCUUUCAAAAGACCUUUAUCACCCAAGCCAAAAGAGCCUCCGAAGACUUUAGUGCGUAAAUUUCCUGGGCCGGCAGGCCUGCUCAGUUUCUCGGCUGCUAAAAAGAAUCAAAGCUUAUCCAAAGCGCUUAAUGAUAACCUACAUGAUUCAGACGAAGAAAGGGCUGAGUCUAGAUUUUGCUCGCAGGAUACCAAAAAGCUGUUUACCGACGGCGCAUGGCGGCUUAUGAUGAACGAAUUGCCGCAAGAUUACCUUACUGGUAAGGACAUUUCGUCGAUAAAGAAUCUAGGAAGAAGCAAGAAAAUUCCAAUCCUUGCUGGAAUUAUCGAGAAAAUUGACUGGUCUGCUGCUAAUCCGCGAGUAACUCUUAAAGACAUUUCGGAUUCUAUCGAAGGAAUGAUGCACAAAGACAUUUUCGCGAGGUAUCCCAGUGUUUUGCAGCCAGGAGUCGUUGUUCUGCUUCGCGACGUUGGAAUUCUGAAUCUCCGUGGGUCAAAAGCGUCCCUAACUACUUCUAUACUCUUUAUUUCACCUAUAAGUAUCGUAGCUGCCUACAAUGACAAGUCAAGGCUUAUUACCACACCGGAACUUACAAAAUUGAUGGAACAAGAGCUAGGAAGCCAAGUUAGUCGAGGAAUUCCGGAUACUUUGAUGGAUACGAGCGAUUUUGAAUUGGAUGAUAACUUGUUCGAAGGAUUCGCCGUGCUAGAAGCUUCUAGUGUCCAAGAUAACCUAAGCCAGGAAUUGGCUAGAAGUGAGGAAGUUCCAGGAACUACCUUUGGUGAUAAUCUGCUGGAUGAUAGCGAUGAUGAAAUGAUGUCCCAGAUGCAACUUAGUCCGGAAAGAAAUGAUGUGGUGAAUAAUGCUAAUGGAGAUACUAAUAAUGAAGACACUUUUGGAGAUAGUGAUGAUGAACUUUUAUCGCAGUUGGAUAUGGAUGCGGUGGUUAAUACUUACGAUAAAUGA